AUGUACUGGAUAAACGAGUAUACGACCUCGAUCGGGCUAGGUGUGUUCCACUCGGGCGUGGAAAUCUUCGAGACCGAGUUCGCGUACGGAGGCCAUCCUUUCCCAUUCACCGGUGUGUUCGAAAUAUCCCCACGAGACCAUGACGAGCUUGGCGAAAAAUUCCGAUUCCGGCAAAGCAUUCAAAUCGGUUGUACAGACUUCACCGAAGAGGAAGUGCGUCGAAUUGUGGAAGAGCUAGGCAAUCAAUUCCGAAGUGAUCGGUACCAUCUGAUAAACAACAAUUGUAAUCACUUCUCCGGGGCCGUCACACAGAUUCUCUGCGUGCAAAAGAUUCCAAGCUGGUUGAAUAGGUCGGCCCACUUCAGCUCAUGUGUACCUUUCCUGCAACGUUGUCUAUCAAAAUAA